UCCAUGCAGGAGACUUAAUACACAGCCGGUGGAGGCUCCGGUGAGUGAUAAUAACCUACCGGAGAUGGUGUCAUUUGUGAACGGUGACUGUGGCUCCGAGACUGUUAACAAACGGAGACGGACAACCGGCGCUUCACCUCCAACAGAAGCGCACACAACGGUCCAGCAGCGGCAGACUGCCCGGCACAGAAAGCAGACACUCAUGUCCAAGUUGAGUGACUCCGGUUUUGAGGAAGACUUGGGGUCCUCCCCGAUUUCAUCCCCAGCGCGGAUAGAUGUGUCCCCGCUCCGUUCAGACGAUCCUCCUGCAGGACAGCUGUCCAACUGGUAUCUCCAGUACGGGGACAUCGGUUUCAAGAUCCAGAAGGAGAAAGAGGCGCAGUUUCAUUCCUGCAAAAGCUUGGCACGCCAGCCACAACUCACUGCAGAGGCCCGGUGUAGGCUCGUCAGCUGGCUCAUCCCUGUACACAAACAUUUCCGUCUGUCCUUUGAGUGCUGCUGCUUGGCAGUCAACAUCAUGGACAGGUUCAUGGCAUCCACACCGGUGGCUGCUGACUGCUUCCAGUUACUGGGUGUAACUGCACUCCUCCUAGCCUGCAAACAGGUGGAGGUGUGCUCACCACGGAUCAGCCAUCUCUUGUCAUUGUGCUGUGAAGCCUUCACUAAGGAGCAGCUCUGCAACCUGGAGUGUCUCAUCCUCCUCCGUCUCAACUUCCGCCUCGCUGCACCCACCCUGUCCUUUUUCCUGGACUAUUAUACCAACUGCAUUGAGGCUGCCCAGCGUGAGACUGAGAACACAAGUGGUGACAGGUUUACAAUAAUGAAUCCAGACACAAAAAGACAACAGCAGUGCAGCAACCUGGCACAAAAGGUGUGCGAGUUGAGUCUAGCAGACUAUGCUUUCAACAAAUACCCACCAUCUCUGACUGCUAGCUGUGCACUGAGGAUAGCCAGUGAGUUACUGAAAACUGAACAAGGGCUUGUUGAGCAUGCAACCAUCCAGUCACAGGAAGACCAGUGGUGCAGUUUUGUGGAUGAACAAUGUACACAGCCAUCUGAGAGCCAUGAGAUUUCUGAGACCGACUCUCUGGCAGUAAAGGGCCACUUACUGUCUGUGAAUCAGGUGACCUACAACCACAAUCUGGCCCAGGAAUGCAAAGAGAACCUGAGUCUGUUGGUGUCAUUAAACCAGGAGACAUUGGAAGUGAUUUAUAUGUGACUACAACUGUGCCACUAUUCAGAUGUUAGCAAAAUGCCAAAUUCCUCUCAACUGGGGAUUUUAUUCUUGGGUUUAUUUAAA